AUGCGCGUCUGUAUUUCCCUGGUUUUGGGGGCACUACAUCCACUGAUCAUUGACUUUCUCGUCACCGCUGUCCAACUCCGUCCGCCGCAGCAGCUACCCACUGUGCGUACUGCGCCGCCUGAGCCCUGCUGUUGUGCUGUUUCCCCGCUGCUUCGCGAGCCAGAAGCACUCAGGGUCGGAACAGUGAGUCUCACCACCGACACACCAUCCGCUCGUGCUUCCGCGUCUUCACCACAGUCUAGCCACAGGGUGCGCAUGGAGAUGACGGAAGCCAUAGACUUUGAGACUCACACCACCAGUGCCUUGCUCUCCAGCCUCAGGAACGCCAUCCAGCACGCAGGAGGCUCCACAGUUGGGCUCAUGGGUUCCUACCGGAAGGAAACGACGUCCGCAUCGUCAUCACCCCUUGCAACAGCCGGAGAUGUUGAGCAUCAUGGUUUUGAACUAUUUAGCCCUAGCACAGCCACUGCUCUCAAUCUCAAUUCCGAGUCUCCCAGCAAGGAGACUAACACCUGUUUCAGACUCAUUAACAAUGCACUCAAAGACUAUGAUCUUGAGAAUAAAGUUCGGGGGGACAAGCCUGCCGCCCUAGAGGCUGGUACUGGGGUGGCUGAGGCGCCGCGCAACCUUACCCACGUGCCUGAAUUCCGGGUGGAGGCAGCGGUCACCCAGCCAGCUGCCUUGCAGGCGCCUGCACCUUCUCAUGUUUCUGCUGGAGGGCCUGAGGAGCCCAUCCAGCCUCCUGCCACGUUAGCUGGAGGGCCCGAGGAGCCCGUCCAGUCCCACGCAUUGUCUGCUGGAGAGCCUGAGGAGCCCGUCCAGUCCCACGCCUCGUCUGCUGGAGGGCCCGAGAAGCCCGGCGACCCCCUGAUCCGCCUGACUUUGGACUCUUGUGCCAUCGGCCUCCAGGUCGGCCACCUGAACUACUUCGCCAUGAACUCCUUUUCUGCCCAGAUCAUGAAUGCGUCAACCAAACUAACACAUUUUAUUAUAGGUGGGUUUGACACAGUCAAAGGGCCUGUAGCAGUUGGUGUGGUUAUGCUGAUAAUCUAUUUACUAGCUGUUACUGGCAGUUUGGUCAAUAUCCUCUUCAUUGUUUCUGACAAGCAGUUACAUAAACCAAUGUAUCUUCUGAUUUGCAAUCUUGCUGUUGUUGACAUACUGUAUACCUCUAGUGCCACUCCAACAAUGAUCGGAGUUCUUCUUGCUGGUGUUAAUACCAUAUCAUUAGGAGCAGCAAUAGAGAAGGCCCUGUCCCCUCUGAGCUUUCUCUUGGACCUGGGUACCUCGAGGAUCAGCUCGUCAGCUGACCUGAGAGACCUGGGGGUUAUUUUGACCAAGUUUGGUGUGGUAUUGACUCUUGAAGAACGGCAGGGUUUAUUGAUUGGCACCAUCCUCGGUCCAUCUCUUGUAAAUCCUUUUGUGUAUUGUCUUAGGACGAAGGAAAUUAAAAAUACGAUUUUUAAGAUACGUAGAAAGGUUAACAUAGCUGGUUAG